CCUAUGGACACCAUCAACAAGAGCGUCCUGGACUUUGAUUUUGAGAAGCUCUGCUCCAUCUCGCUGUCCCACAUCAACGUCUACGCCUGCCUCGUCUGCGGAAAGUACUUCCAGGGUGAGCCCCCCUGGGGAGCAGGGUGCUGCUGGAGGGGGACAUGGGGGACACCCGGGUACGUGCUGAAGCCCACCUUCACCGCGCAGCAGAUCACCAACCUGGACAAACAGGCCAAGCUCUCCCGUGCCUAUGACGGCACCACGUACCUGCCCGGCAUCGUGGGGCUCAACAACAUCAAAGCUAACGACUACGCCAACGCUGUCCUUCAGGCUUUAUCCAACGUGCCGCCGUUGAGGAAUUAUUUUUUGGAGGAGGAGAAUUACAAAAGCAUCCAGCGCCCACCCGGGGACAUCAUGUUCCUGCUGGUGCAGCGCUUCGGGGAGCUGAUGCGGAAGCUGUGGAACCCCCGGAACUUCAAAGCCCACGUCUCGCCCCACGAGAUGCUGCAGGCCGUGGUCCUCUGUAGCAAGAAGAAUUUCCAGAUCACCAAGCAGGGGGAUGGGGUGGACUUCCUCUCCUGGUUCCUGAAUGCGCUGCACUCGGCCCUGGGCGGCACGAAGAAGAAGAAGAAGACCAUCGUCACCGAUGUUUUCCAGGGCUCCAUGCGCAUCUUCACCAAAAAACUGCCUCACCCGGACCUGCCGGCCGAGGAGAAGGCGCAGCUCCUGCAGAACUCCGAGUACCAGGAGAUGAUGGUGGAAUCCACCUUCAUGUACCUGACCUUGGACCUUCCCACCGCCCCGCUCUACAAGGACGAGAAGGAGCAGCUCAUCAUCCCCCAGGUCCCCCUCUUCAGCAUCUUGGCCAAAUUCAACGGCGCCACCGAGAAGGAGUAUAAGACCUACAAGGAGAACUUUCUCAAGCGCUUCCAGCUCACAAAGCUGCCUCCCUACCUCAUCUUCUGCAUCAAGCGCUUCACCAAGAACAACUUCUUCGUGGAGAAGAACCCCACCAUCGUCAACUUCCCCAUCACGUGAGUGGUGAAGAACCCCUGGGCGGGCGCUUGGGGUCCCCGCCUCCCUUUCCCUGUGCCCUGUACGGGGUUUGGAAGCCU